AUGGCUGAAAGAUAUAAAUUUUGUAAAAGUAGGAACUCAAUCAUUGGAGCUUCUUUGAGCAAUUUUCAUUUGAAUAAAAGACUAUUGUUGCCAGAAUUGCCAAUUGAAAUGCCAAAGAGGAAACUGUCUUGUCGGAGCGUGACAUUUCCAUGCAUAAAGCGUGACAAGCAGAAACUUAUAAUUUCACAUGCUAACUCAACCUAUUACAAAUAAUAAAAAAUUCCUAGCAUUAUUACUAUUAUAAAAUAGUCUAUAAAUAGAUAUAUUUUUUAAAAAUAAAUAAUAAAUAAAUAAAGAAGUAAGUUUCAACAAGAACCAUUGUCUCCCGCUUCUCCUGAAUCUCCACGGAAAUUAAGUUCAAGUUUGUUUGGUGAUAAGCUACCAGCCACAAUUAAGAAAGAAGUCAAAGUUUUCAGGAUCAAGAAGAGAUUUAAAAAUAUGAACGAUUUUAAUAAGAGGAUUCCUCAAGAUGAUCCAUUGGAAUGCUAUUAUGAAAAUUUGCCUUAUAUUGGUGACGUUUUACAAGAAAACAGAGCAAAGCAUUACUCGAAAAUGUCAAAACUGGUCCUUCCGGUUUACGAAGAAUCCAAUGAAAGCCUAGAAGUUCUUGCGUAA